AUGUCGACUUGGGUGCCAUUUGAAACCGAAACUGACCUAGUCAUAGUCGAAAACCUCAAGAUCGAUGCAAAUGUAGGACCUGAUUGCUGGGGUCGCUCCCGUCCUCAACCUCUAUUAGUUUCAGUAGCUCUAGAAGCGGACCUACGGCUUGCAGGGGAGCAAGAUGACCUCACAAACUCUGUAAACUAUGGCUCUUUGUCCAAGGAUUUGUUGAGGCUCGUCACUUUGGAUCAGUCCAAGCAGUUCGGCGGCUUAGAAGACCUGGGCGAACAAGUAGUACAAUUAGCCCUUGCCAAAGUGACCAACCCGUCCUUCAGAGUAGCUGUCUCUAUUAAAGCGCCCAAAUUACUCCUUCAGGACGCGAAAAUCCGCUUCGAUAUUACGCGAGAUGGGUCCAAUGCUGCUACGAGAGGGAAGUAUACCUGGGUGAUCGAAGAUUGGAGGAUAUACGUCCUGAUUGGGAUGAAUCCUCCGGAACGAUUGAAGAAGCAGGUGCUUAUUCUUAACAUGCAAGUCUUUACGAGCCCCACGGAAAGAGUCGAAACAAACGCUCUCCCCGACUUUGUGGACCAUCUAUUCAAGUUUAUCGACACAACAGAAUUCCUUACGCUAGAGAAAUUCUCGUCCGAAGUGAUAAAGCACGCUAUGCAACUGCGCGAAGAUGUCGCCUCUAUCGUUUUGACAACAUCGAAGCCGAGUGCGGUCGGUUUUGCAGAUGCUGCUUCUAUCCGAAUUAAGCGCUAUCGUGCAUAA